AUGUCGGACUCUGAAGAGCUGCUAAUGAGCAGCAGAGCGCGCAGAUCCAAUGCUGGUAACAAAAUGCAGAAACUGAUUGAUCAAGAGCGUCAAGAAAUGCAGGAAAAAACGGCCAAUUUGGAUGACGAUGAGAUCUACCUAUUAUUUCAGGAAGACGAGGACGACGAGGAGUUUCGGGCCGACUCAAAGCGUGGCAAGGACGAGGACGAAAGACUCUCGGAGUCUGACGAUGAAAGUGAGGGCGAGGACGACGAAGAAGCGGGGGAACGAGAGCUUGAAAGACAAGAACGCAAGAAACGCAAACAAACUCGCAAAUUCAGUGCUCCAGUGAUUCGAAAGCGAGCUAAACCGAGUGAGGAUGUAGUUAAACCACAGUAUGAGCAGCCAAAAGCAGACAGCUUGCUUCUUGACAAUCGCAGAACGUCCAAAAGAUCGUCAGUCGUUGCAAACAAGCUACAGAUCUACGAAAAGUUGGCUCAGGCUGAGAAGAAAAGAGAGAAGAUACAGAACCGUUUGAGGCAGACAAAGGCGAAAAUGGCCUAUGUGGAGCUUACUCAAGAAGAGAGGCUGCGACAGGCCGAAGAAACGGAAUUGAUCAACACCCAGAGUCUCACGAAAUUUAGAGAAGAGGAAAUCUUUAAGAAAGAAACUCGCAUUGCCAUGAACUUGCGUAAAAAGGCAAAAUUUGCGGUGGGCCAGAUCAUGAUUCGUGUCAACACGACGGCGUGGGCUGUUACGCCAAUCAUGGAGAUCAAAGAUCGUGAAUACUGGGAGCAGCAACUGGGAAAACGACAUAAAAAGAAGAAAAAGUACACCAGACGCAAGAAAGACAAGGAUGAGAAGAAUGAGAAAAAGAGCCCGGAUGCUCCUAGCGUGGGAAAUAAAGACAGGGAUCAGCCAAGCUCGGUGGAUAAAACACAAUGCCCAAACGACUUGUCUCAACAGACUGGGCUCAAUCAAGCGAGUGUCGGAAACGGAAUCGAAUGUACAGGUUCAGAUCAGAAAGGAGGUUCACCGCAGCCAAGGAAUGACGUUGAAUCCUCAUUCUCACCGCCCGUCUGCGAGAAUAUACAAGGUGAUACUAGCCGGCUAGUUGAACCAGAUUUGAAGACAGACGUGCAGCAAGACUCGGCACCCACCCAACAAAAUAUUCAGGAACAAUCUAGCGAGACACUACUACCACCGAGUGAUAAACCUUCCAUUAAGGAGGAGUCGGAUGUUCCAAAAGCGAGCGUCGGCUGCGAGCUCCCAGCCCCCUCAGAACCUGUAGAUGCCAACGGUAAAGAGGAAACACCUUCUUCCAAGCAAGUUUCUUUUGCUUCAGAAACAGAUGUUACCACGUUUGACCACUCCCUUCCGUCAAACACGCCGUUGUCAAAGGAGCACUCGUUAGAGCCGGAGUCCUCGCGACAGAAUUCUGAAGAACCUCUCGACGAAAUUGAAGGAAAUACAGAUGCCUUUGAGGUUUUCGAAGGCCCUGAACAGUUAGUUGGCCGGAAUUUUGUCACCUUAUAUUCCUAUCCUGAGGAAAACCUAACGGUACACGAUAUAAGGCCCUUCUUUUUCGGUUCUCAGUGGGCGCGCCCUUUGAACUCUCGCUCAGAGGACGUUGAAACUAUUGCCAAGAUCUAUAAUGAGCAAAACGAAGAUGAAUGGAUGGAUGUUAACUCUACUUUAAUUCCAGAUACUUUGGUAUUUGACACUUUCCCCAGUUUUGGAGAAUACGACAAGAAAGUGUCAACCGAAAUCGCUGAGGAAACUGACACCAAACUGAAACUAGAGAUAAAGACUGCAGCUCCUGCUGGUGUCAUUCUACCCAAUGGUGUUCGGAAGAAGUGUUUGAUUACAAACAGAGACUGUCAAUACUUCGAUCCAAAAAAUGGUGUUCCUUAUGCGGAUGUUGAGUCCUACAAAAUUGUUCAGGAGCUGCAGGAUCCGAUUGGGGAGGGAAAUUCUGAUACGCAACCAUCGCCUCAGUUUAAGUGGUUUGGGUUUGCCCGCGGUGGUAUUUUCCUGGAUGUGAAGCAACCGGCCGCAAAGGGCGUGCCAGAAGGAUUUUGA